AUGAGGCUCGCACUUGUAUCUGUCUUACUGUGCUCACUUGCAUCAGUAACUGUUGCUGGAGAUACUUCCAAAUGUCCUACGGGAUUUGCACAGCACGGGAAUUCUUGCUAUUGGUUCUCUAACGUGAGAGGAUCAUUUGCUGAGGCAAGAGGCUACUGUCAGUUCCUCCGGAGCCACCUUGCCAGGAUAACAAGCAAAGAAGAGGACGACUUCGUCAGACACAAGGCAAAGGAACUUGGAAGAGGCUUCUGGUUGGGUGCCACUGAUCUCAUCACCGAGGGGGCGUUUAGGUGGGAGGGGGGCGUUCCUCUGAACUACACCAACUGGAUCCCUGGACAACCUGACAACGAGAACAUACAUAACAACCCCGAGCAUUGUCUGAUGAUCGCGAAACGUGGGAAUCGGUGGAAUGAUUUGGAAUGUGUUGUUGAGAUAUAUUUCAUCUGUGAACGGAGAGUAGCCGGAUGUUGCUGCAGUAACUGA